AUGGCUAGACGAAUAUUGACAAUUACUUGCUGCUGCUCCAAUUGCGAAGAAUUUGAUGCUUCAACUCUGAAAACACUACAACAGAUGAUGACUGAGAUAAAGCAGAGCAAGAAAAAACAAGCGCAAGAAACAACGAGCCAAUUCUUCAUACAAACAAGAGGUCAGAAGAGGAAAAUACAACAAGGUGAAGAUGAGGAAUCAGAUAAGCAAGAAGAGAAGAAGAGGAGAAAAGUUCAAUUGCCAAAGAGAAAAAAGCAGAAGAGGAAAAUACAACAAGAUGAAGAUGAGGAUUCAGAUGAACAUGAAGAGAAGAAGAGUAGAAAAGUUCAAUUGCCAAAGAGAAAAGAGCAGAAGGGAAAGCAGAACAGUGAACCAAAAUCAAGGAUCAAAUGGAAGCAGCAGAAAUGCACUUUGAGUUCAUUUUGGAGAAUCAUUGAAAUGCACAAGAGCAGAAUACCAAAAGAAGCUUUGGAGAUAUUACGGGGUACUGUAUUUUGGGCAAUGAUACAACCCUUCUUCGAGGGGAAGCUUACUGAAAAACAGCUGUACAAGCAUGAGGUAGACCUCGAAGUAAUAAUGAAACAUUAUAACAAGAGCAACCAGAAAUUCAAAUUUGGAGAGAAGGAAGUGGAAAUAACAGAGGAUGAUGUAAAGGUACUGUUUGGCCUGCCUACUGAAGGAAUAGUACGUGAUCUGAACAUGAAGUUGAGCAGGGAUGAGCGUGAAGACUGGAACUCGACACUGGAACUCGAGCUUAAAAAGGAUAAGACAGAUAAAGAUCCGAAGAAUGGGCCAGAUCCCAAAAAGAUAGCCUCACUGAUAAUCAUACAUAGACAACAUAAAUCAGUUCAAUUGGCCGGGGAUGAUUAUUACUUUUCUACUGGAUGGAAUCCACAAGCACAUGAAAGACAAGCCAUCGACUCGGUCCGGCUGCCUGCUUUUAAUCUACUACUGGUUCCUGGAAAAGACGAAGAUCAGGAACUGCAUUCCGGGGAAGGAGAAGGAAAAGCCAAGACAUUAAUCAAAGGAGGACCGUGGUCCGAUGAUGAAGAGCUUGAUGACUUUUUUGAGGAGGUCUAUGAGGAUCAAGAGACCCCGUGUUUCAACAAACGGGUUCCCCAAGCAACCCAUCAAGAACAAGAAGAAUUGUUAAGGCUUCAGGGGAAUGUCAGAGAAGAGAUGGAAGCAAUGCUCAGUGAGGAGACUGCAAGGGAAAGCCUAGAGGACAAAGUGAAAAGGCUGGCACAAGAGAACCAGCAGCUAUCAAAAAAAAAUCGUGGAAUGAUGGCCAAGCUGAAAGCAGCAGAUGAGAAGAUAGAGAGCCUAGAGAAAGAAAAACGUGUUCUGUUCAGAAAGCUGAAAAGAAAAGAACACUCCGGAAAGGCUGAUGAUGGGGAAACCGAAGCUGCGGGAACAAAACCUGAUUUUGAGCACGAUACAAAGAAGCAGCAAGGAACAAACUCACCUUCAUGGAUGCAAAUUUCUUGUAUGCAUCCAGCAGAACAACUAGCAGAAGAACAAGAAAAUCUUGACAAACUGGCCUGCAGCAUUGUUCCAUUUUCACCAGAGAAGCAGCAAGGAAAACAAGCUAAGUUUGAAGAAGGACUGAUAAGAGCAAAGAUAUUUGAAGUUGUUCCAAUUUCUUGUAUGGAACCAGAGCGGAUGCAUUCCAUAGAGCAAAAUGUCAAAUUCAACAAGAGGAAAGGUGCAACAAAAGAGAAGCAGCCAGAUAUUGAGUUCAGCACACCUGAAAUGCUGAAAACAGAAACGAUGAAGUCAUAUGGAAAGAAGGCAAAGAUGGAUAAAGAAGAACCAAAGGAAAGGAAGAUUUUGGCAGAUGAAUAUUGGUUAAGAGCUGAUUUUUUAGUUCAGGUCACCAAGGCAGACCUGAGGAUGAUCAUACAAGACCAAGACCUAGAAACCGAUGUCAUUAAGACAUACAUGGACAUUUUGGAGAAAGAUAUGAAGAAAAAGAACAUUAAAGCGGGAUUCAUUGGACUAGAUGCAUCGUUCUACGCGAUUGCACAUGAAGAGAAUGAAAGCAACUUCAAAAUGGCAGGCAAAAGCUACAAGAAUCAUAUUGAAAUUUUUCUUGUUGAGAGUUUGUGGGCAGAUUGUGGGCCUUUUCUGCUCCAUUUCAUGGAGAGCCUGGCAAAUGGGGAGGAACCAACCAAACAAAAAGGGGAUGAAAUGAGAAAGACGAUCCUUGAGAGGUUCAUAACGCUUGAAGGUCCUUUCAGCAAUUGCAAACAGAGUUAA